AUGACAACUCGUCAGUUCUACGGGUUACUAACCUGCAUAAAGGUGGAGGAAAAUAAAUUUAGAUUGACCUUACAUGAUGGUGACCACCUGUACUCAAUAUUUAUUAGCGAUGACCCUAAAAAUUAUCAAGUUGCAAAAAUAUGUGCUUCGUUGAUUUGCAGGUUCUAUAAUAUAGAAAUUGAAUUCGAAAAGCAACCAUAUCAGUUUGCUGCUAUUCAUCUAACUAAAAUUUGUAUACUGCAAUUACAAGUUUAUAAUUCUAAAAACUCAAUUGAUGACAUAAAACCGCUUAAUCUAGAAACUGUAACAAGGUUCGUUAAGUCAGGAAAUGAGGAAGUGACAAAUAUUAUAAAAUACCUUAUUGACUUGGAUCAAGAUUCAACAGAGAGUUUUAGUUUUGACGAAAUACCAUUCGCUUUGCCCGAAGAUUUCGUACUGGUAAUCGACUCUUUGAAGUCUAAUGAAUUGUCAUUUCUUUCAAGGGAAUCCAGUGGGUUUAAUGGACAAGUAAAAUCAGAGAUAGAUGAUGAAUAUUUUGAUACUGCCCAGUCAAGUGUUAGUCAAAUUCAAAGACCUGCAACCAGUAGUGCUUUUGAGACGUUCCGUAAUGUUGAAAGAAACCUAUCAAAGAAAAGAAAAUUAUCAGAGAUAGUUACGUCGCCGGCACCUAUUGUGGCCAAAUCUUCGGUAUUUAUUGAUGCACCUCUAGGUGAAGUUCAUUCUAUUACGGGUACAAUUGCAGGUACGUAUCCCUCUGAUUUUAAAGAUUUAUCAGAUUUAAAGGAUACCAUUUUACGCUUAUAUAUUAUACCAAGGGAAUGGGAAACUGAGGCCGAGAGGCAAAUUCUAAUACCAAACAGCAAUUGUAUUGAAGUUCUAAUUUUGGAUGCAUCUGAAAUUCAUAAAUUUUUCGGUAGAUUGGUCAAUGACUCCCAAAGUUUCAGAGAAGUAAUAAGCUCCACAGAAUUUUUCAUCAGGUUAGAAAGAGCAAAACUACAGUUAGAGAAUUCAUUUCAUACUUUUUAUUGGACUUUUCAAACCGUUAAUAUAUCCGGUCAGUCACAAAAUACAAGCAUACAAAACCUAGACCCAUCUUCAAGUUUUAUGCCUAGUAGGAAUCUAUUGUCCAGUUCAACUGAAUCAAUACCACCAACAUCAUUCAAGCCACAACAAUCCACCCCAAAUAAGAAUGAUCGUAAAAACCCCUCACGCAUCGAUCCAUUAAUACAAUUCAAAGAUUUGGUGCUUAAUGAAAGUGAAAUUAAAUAUGUCACCAUGAUGGGACUGUUGGUCUCAUGUAGUUUUGAGCAUAAAUCUUUCGCAAAACUAAUCUUCACUGACUUCACCAAGAAUAACGUUACUCAAAAUUUUCUAUUUGAUAGGUUUUUAAUCGAUUACAACAACAAAAUUGAUAUAGAUGAGGGGUUUAGAGUUGUAAUGUAUUUAAAUCAAUUUGAAAAAUUUGAAAAAUCAAUCAUAGAAGCUUACGGUUAUGAAAUUAAGAAAAUGUUCAUUAAUGACAAUGAAAAUUUAACUCAUAAAGGUAUAAUUUGCAAAUUAUCUUUAAAAGUGAAAAUGUUCAACGGUAAAUUAAAUGCAAUUUUACGAGAAUGCAGUUUAAUUAGAAAUGAAGGUAUUCAGAAUUUGAAAAUUGAUGAAAAAUUACAAUUAGAAUCUAUCCAUAAACAGAUAUUAGAAAGAAUACCACAAAGGGCAUUAGUUUGGAAUUUCCAUAGUUAUGCAAUCUGUGUGCCAUUAGUCAAACAAAGUAAUGAAACUAUUACAUUAAAAUAUGAAACUCAAGUUACUCCUGAUGAAAUCCACAUUAAUGAAAGUUUAGAUUCUGAUGAUGACUUUGAUACCAUUUCACAGUUAGAAGAUUACGAAGUGCGAAGUCACUUAGAUGUAACUAGAAAUAUCAAUCAAUACAAUAAUGAGAAAUUAGUAAAAGGUGAUGAUUUCAAUGAACUCAACCUGGCCAAUCCAAAGGAUAAUAUAGUUUAUGAAAUCGAUUGCCAGAUAAUGAAUAUAAAAUAUAACAUGUCAUAUUUAAGCAUAUUGGUAACUAAUGAUUUCGUUACAAAUAACUUCAUUGAUCCAACAAGAAUGUUAAGAAUUGAUAUCACCAAUGUCGAUAAUUUAAAGCAAUUAUUAGAUAUUCAAAUAUCGGAAACACAGUUAACCGAUAUUAUCAAGGAUAAAUCAAAUCCAAUAAUUGCAAAAAUAGAUGAUUUAAUCAAUGAAUCAGUAGUAUUAAGAAUUAAAAGAAAAUUAGUACAACUAUCAUUAAAUAGUAAGCUAGCAAUUUGGAACCCUUAUACAUGCACCUCCAACAAACAUAUUGUUGAUCAAUAUUCAGAGAAUGUUCAAGUAAGUAAUGUGAUUACUGUUAAAAAGGAACAAUAA